UCGUAUACUUUGUAAUACAGAAUGGCGUUUCUGAAAUGGGAGGACUAUGUCAUUUUUGUUAUUACCCUGGCUUUUUCCUUGGGAAUUGGUUUGUACAAUUCACUUCGAGGAUCAAAACAGAACACCACAAAACAAUUCAUUCUAGGUGAUGGCAAUAUGUGGACAUUUCCGGUGGCCUUGUCCUUAAUGGUUUCCUAUGAAUCUGGCAUAAUGAUGCUGGGAGUUCCGGCGGAAGUUUAUAUGUACGGUAUGCAGUGGUAUAUCUCCAUUAUCGGGAGUUUCCUUUCCCAUUUAGUGACUUUACGUCUAUUUAUACCGUUACAGAGGAAACUCAACAUCACCAGCAUGAACCAGUAUUUUGAGCUUCGAUACAACUCUCACGGACUCAGAUUGUUUGCAUCAAUAAUGAAUUUGAUGUCAUCGCUGAACUAUCUUGGGAGUGUAAUAUUUGUGCCGGCUCUGACGUUGGAACUGGUGGCUGAUAUUCCAAUGGCAAUUUCUAUCAUCACACUGACGGUUGUUGUUCUAGUGUAUACCAUUAUUGGAGGGUUCACAGCUGUAAUAUGGACAGAUGUGUUUCAAGCAGUUCUCAUGUUUGGUGGCAUGUUCGCAAUUCUCAUCAAGGUAAUCAAGGAAUUACUCGGCUGUCUUGUAUAAUCAAGGAAUAUGAAUGAAACUUGUUUUAUAUCGUAUUUUUAACGAUUCAAUCGAAAAAUGUUUUCCGUUAAAUUUUAACGGAGAGAAAUAUCAAUAAUUAUCAGUUAAUGAAACAGACAUCCAAUAGUAAGUAAUGAAAAGCACAAAGUAUUUAUUUAAAUUAAUUCUUACUUACAAAUAUAAAUUGGAUUAAUUGGAUAACUUCUGUUUCCUGUUCAUCGUCAUCAUAAUCAAAGUAGUACGUUACAAUUUAAUCUCAUAAUCAUAUUAUCCUUGAAUGUGUAAAACAAGGGUACGAUGGAAGCUGGGGGAAUGACAAACACUUGGAACAUAGUGAAGGAAAAAGGACGGCUAAACAUGUUUGAUUUUAAUCCUGAUCCAACCUUACGCCAGUCCUUUUGGAGCCUAUUUGUUGGGAGCGUUAUCUCUGGAUUCAGAUUGCAAUUUACUCAAUCGACAUAUCAACGGAUCAAAGCAACUCCUACAGAAAAAACAGCUAAACGAAUGUACCUCAUAGCGUCCUUGUUAUUCCUGUUUGUAUCUGCGUUAUCGGCCAUGACGGGGGCCGUCAUGUUCGCGUACUAUCAAGCGAAAGGAUGCGACCCACUUUUAGCCAAUCAAGUUAGAAACCCAAACCAGUUAAUGGCCAAAAUGUUACCAGAAAUUUUUAAGGAUACACCCUGUCUUCCGGGACUUUUCUUGGCGGCGCUGUUCAGUGCUUCGCUCAGCACCAUGUCGUCGGUGUUCAGCUCAAUGUCGGCCAUGUUUUGGGAAGAUAUCGUCAAACCACACACCAAACCUAUGUCAGACAAGCAGGCUAUACGAAUCGCACAAUUAUCCGUAUUACUUUUCGGAGUGCUGGCCAUAAUGGUUGCCUUUGGCAUAUCUUCAAUCAAGGGACCCAUACCUCGAAUACUAGAUAUCACAGGAGCAUGCAUGAGCGGUGCAACACUCGGAAUAAUGCUACUUGGGUGGUUCAUACCGACAGCAAACGCAUUGGGUGCGUUAAUCGGUGGCGUGGUCUCUUUCCUGUUUGUGGGAUGGGUAUCGGUUGGAAAGUUGGUUUCGUCAGGAGUACGUGUUAACGACAAAUUAGAACCGGCAUCAACAGAAAAUUGCCCACGAUUCAAUAUUUCUGUAUUGGCGAAUGCAACAGAAUAUGGCCAUAUACCAUCAGGGAUAAUGUGGAAUGGCACAAAUAUGGUAACAGAGGCGACCCAAGCAUCAAUUGCAACUGGACCACAAGGCCUGGAUGUGCUAUAUUCUCUCUCCUAUAAGUGGUUGUUGCCGCUGGGGAUGUGUUUGGUAUUCAUUGUUGGACCAAUCGCCAGUCGUUUUCAAGCUCAGAAACCUGUCGACCCAUCAUUGGUUGUUCCAGUGUGUGAUCAUCUGAGUUCCUGCAUUCCGGAAAAGAUCAGAAAGAAGUUCCGUUGUGGAGUCAAGUACUCUGGAAAAGAUGAGGAAACUAUUAAAGACGAACCAGAUAUAAUGGAUGAGCUUGUAUCCGUCCCCGAAAAUAGUCUAAAGGCGUUUGACGAUAAUAAUGUAUGCUAAUGUAUACAAGUCUGUAUCCCAUAUUCAUAUUCAAUUAUAUAUUAAUGUAGCAAGGUCAAUCAGAAACCAGUAAGAAAUAUAUUGCCGGUGGUGUAUAUUGUCAAACAUUUAUAACAACAAAUCGAUGCUUUAAUGUAAUGUUGUCAUUUUAUUUAGUUUUCUAUGUGCGUCUGUAACUAGGUACUAAUUAAUCUAUUACAUGGUGGUUUUGCUCCAGUUAGUUUUUAAGAGUUUAGGACAUGUUUCGUUGCUACAGGUAUCAUUAAAAGCAGUAGAUACCAAUAUCUUUUACAAUGUUUGUGUUUUUGCCAAACAUUCCAAAAUCAAUAUCUGCAGUUUAAAUUCCACUUUCAGCUUCAAAUUGAAGCCCUAGUCUUUUUGCAAAUUUCAUUAGAUAUUUAUUCACUACCAAUCUUCAUAACACGCAUGCCAGUACUUGUGUCACAUUUCAUACUUUUCUUUUCCUAAGAAGUAAAUUUCUCGCACAUUUGCUUAUUCAGUUUAGAUAUCUCUGCUGUUCCUCUAUUUAAUAGCCAGCUCCAAAUAUCCUACUAAGGGCAUUCUCCUUCGCAUGAACUACUUAGUAAGGGAUAUGUAUCGACUGCACAUAGUCUACUCAAUUAUAAUAAUUGAUCUUCUAUGCAUGAACUACUUAGUUAGGAAUAUUCGUCAACUUGGCAUGUACUACUUUAUUAGGGUAAUUGAAUUCCUUAGCAUGAAAUACCUAGUUCGGGUUUUUCAUAUCCCUCAUAAAUGUCAUCAUGACUCUUUAUCUCACAACGCUAUCAUCGGUAUUACUUCUUCACUUCAAAGAUCGUUGAUGGCGUUACAUUAUUCGUCAUGGCUUUGAUAAAUGCCAUAUUUAGUAUAUGAUACACCCUUCUAGAACACCUUGUCUGUUCCAAUAAUCUAGUUCUCAAUGUGGGCCCUUCUUGAUGUUUAUGUCACAUUUGCUCUUAUAUAAUUAUUCUAUUCUCAAUUUUAAUCUCCAAGCUUUGCGAUAUUCCUGAUUCAGUUUAAAUGAACAUAUUAUUAUACUAUGCUGUCCUGUUGCUUCAGAUUAAAUUAAAAUAAAUAAGGAUAGUCGUUAACUUGAUACAUGUAUAAUGACAUGGAUAGUCUCGCUUACUUCAUAAAGUUUAUUAAAAAGCAUACUUAGUGUGAUGAAAAUUACACGAGUUGUCUCUCCUACUUUCUUUAGUUGUAAUGGUUGAACGUAUACUAUUCACAUGUGACUAAACCUUUAAAAUAAAGUAUAAGAUACAGAGUGCAAAAAGUCAAACACCAUUUACCAAUCAACUAUUUCGUCCUUGUCGGUGAUGAUAGGGCCUACAAUGUGGUGGAAUUUCAAAUUGGUCUAAAGUCUGAAUUACGUUUGAAACAAAAGGUGAAAAUGGAAGGCGCGUAAAACGCCUUAAUGUUAUAAACCUCAAACAUAACAGGAGUACUAGUUAAUAGCAAAUCAGAUAAAUCAUGAUUAGUCUGAUUGAAUGAAUUGAACAGUGUUCCUUCGUGCUAAGGUUGGUGUAUUAAAGAUCCUAUAUAUAAUAUGAAUUGAUGGAAAAAGGGAGCUUCAUAUUCAAAAACGUGUAAUGUGGAUACCGAUGGAUUUCGGGACAUCAAAUGAUUUAAAGCAGCUUUAUAAUUAUUUAAGUAUAUUAUAUAUUUGUUGUGUAUUGUGAAUUGUGAUACCUGUAUGUGUAUAUUAUAUUAAAGUGUUGUGUAUCUUGCUCUACAUUAACAUGGUAAAACGAUUAUCAUACAAAUAAAUAAAUCAGUAAAUGUAUGUAGGCCGGUUUCAGGGGCAAGAACACAUUAAAAAUAUGCUAAACAACUUGUGUAAUACAUAUUUGUAAACUGAAUAAACUUGUA